UUUGAAAAUUAGCUUCGUUACGUAACAAACAUGCUCGAUGGUUCUCGCCAUGGCGUCCAAGAAAACACAUCAAACCGUCCACUGGUUUCGCAACGGUCUCCGCCUUCACGAUAACCCAGCCCUCAAGGAGGCUUUCGAAACGAGUCAGACUGUUCGACCGUUGUACGUUCUUGAUCCUGAUGUGUUAAAAAAUGGAAAUAUCGGGGUUGUUCGAUGGCGUUUUAUUCUAGAAUCUCUAGCCGACCUCGACAAUAACUUGAAGAAACUAAACUCUAGAUUAUUUGUUGUGAGGGGUCGGCCUAGUGAGGUUUUCCCUAAACUUUUCAAGGAAUGGAAGAUUUCCAAGUUGACAUUUGAAGUGGACACUACUGAACCAGCCAGAAAGCAAGAUGCUGAAGUCUUGAAGAUUGCUAAUAAGUUAGGAGUAGAUAUUGAACAAAGAGUGUCCCACACUUUGUAUGACUUAGACAGGAUUGUGAACAAGAAUGGUGGAACAGCCCCUUUGACUUACAAAAAGUUCCAGUCUAUAGUUUCUUCACUCGGUCCCCCUGCUGCACCUCUACCAGCUAUUGACAAGAAAAUGGUCGCAGGGUGUAACACGCCUACAACUGCCAAUCAUGAUAAAAUCUAUGGUGUGCCAACACUUGAGGAAAUUGGCCAGGAAGUACCAGAAGAGUCCAGAGAAGUGUUGUAUCCAGGUGGAGAGACAGAGGCGCUAGAAAGACUUGAGGUCUACAUGAAGAAAGAGGAUUGGGUGUGUAAAUUUGAGAAGCCCAACACUGCUCCUAACUCCAUUGAACCAAGUACUACUGUCCUUAGCCCAUACAUGACUUAUGGAUGUUUAUCAGCAAGACUUUUCUACACCAGGCUAGCGGAGAUAUAUGCCAAGAAAAAGAAACACUCCCAACCGCCAGUCUCUCUUCAUGGCCAGUUGCUUUGGCGGGAAUUCUUCACUACAGCGGCAUAUAAGACUCCAAACUUUAACAAGAUGGUGGGGAAUAGUUUAUGUCUACAAGUGCCUUGGGACCAGAACGACGAGUAUCUUGCGGCCUGGGCCGAGGCCCGCACAGGGUACCCGUACAUAGAUGCCAUUAUGACUCAAUUACGAAGGGAGGGGUGGGUGCACCACUUAGCGCGUCACUCUGUCGCUUGUUUUCUGACGCGGGGGGACCUGUGGAUUAGCUGGGAAGAAGGAUUGAAGGUCUUUGAGAGAUUGUUGAUCGACCACGACUGGAAUCUGAAUGCCGGCAACUGGAUGUGGCUUUCUGCUAGUUCCUUCUUCCACGCGUACUUUCGCGUGUACAGCCCUGUGGCCUUUGGCAAGAAAACCGACCCCAAUGGGGACUACAUCAGGAAGUACAUCCCUAAGUUGUCACGCUAUCCACCUAAGUAUAUCUACGAGCCAUGGAAUGCCCCGCUGGCGGUCCAGGAGAAGGCGGGGUGCGUGAUAGGGCGUGACUACCCCUGUCCCAUAGUGGACCACAACAAGGUCGUUACGCGAAAUAUGUCCCGUAUGAAGGAGGCGCGGUCACUAAAGUAUGGCAAAACCGACAUGGGUGUUGAUAAACAAGCUUCCACUCCGUCCAAAAGAAAGAGCAAGACAACGACCGACAAACCCGCCAAAAAGACAAAAAAGAUCACGGACUUCCUUGCUGACUCCAGCGAAUAGGGUGUCACGCGAUAAUCAACACUACCCACGUGACUUGAUCUGUGCCGGAGUAGUCAUCCCAAGGAAAUCAAUAUUACCGUUUCUGCUGUAGUUAUUAUACAUAUUUAUUACUGAAAGACAAAUACAAAGAUAAAACAAGCCUAAGGGUUUCAAAGGUUUCCGAUAUCAACACAUUUGCUUAGCAAGUGACAUCUGAAUAAUUAUGCCUAGUAGUCUUAGGCGGGCUUCCUGCUUACAGAAGACAAGCAUCUUUAGCUUGGGCAUUGCGCUUGAUCUGUUUCGGGGUCUCGGACACCUUCGCUGCCUAUUUAUUUAGAUGAGUAUUUUAAAAAAAAAAAAAAAAAAUAUUUUUUUUGUAUUUAUGCAACACCAAAGGCAAGAGAAACGCAGCUUCUAUUAAUUAAAUGUGGAGGCUUGAAGGCCUGCGAGCCCGAAACACAAAAUGUUUGACAUAGAAAAAGUUAUAUUUACGAGGACCUCAGCUGAGUUAAGACCGCUGAGUAGUUCGUGAGAUAUCUCAAGUGUCUUGCGAGAGCAAGUGUCAAUUUUAACUAAUACAUCGUUCACGUUGCCUGAGUAAAUUUCACUAAAACUGACGUGUAUAAAGAUUACCUUUUUUUCUAUAAAAAAGAUAGGGUGGUCUAUAGGACCCUCAACCGCCUGGAGCUGGAGCGAGGAGAUGUGCGUCUACCCAUUUCGCGGACCAUUUUCUCUUAGGUAGCUCGUCCCAGUGGUACUAAAUUUUUCUUCAUGAGAGUGGCCUUUUAGUUCUCCCCCCCCCCCCUCCCCUCCCUGGCUACGGGCCUGAACUGCUUGCUGAACCCAAGAAGCGAUUUCACCUUUGAGAGCAAAAAAAAAAGCUGUUCAAACUUGUUAUCAAGUCAGUUGCCCCCCUUUUGUUUUAUCCAUCUACCAAGACUUGCGCAUGCACAAGCUCGAGUGUCAGCUGGACAAUUGUUGGCUCAGGUGUUCGUCUGAUGAUAUAUAAACCGAAAUAUUCCACUCUCUCAAUGUGAUCGGCGCAUCUUAGAGCAAGGGAAACACCGCUGUACAAUGAUCAUUCACGUCCUGCUUUGCGGCCUAGCCUUAAUCCUGGCGCAUGCCCAGACGACUCCGCCAGCUGGGUGCGUAGGGUAUGACGGGAAGAUGUAUGCAGUUGGCGAAAGAUUUAAUUGCGGGAGGUCUGGGACGUGGUGUUACGGAGCCUUCUGCGCCGGACCUGGCCAGAUUCACUGGUGGGAUAAUUGGAACUGCAACCCUGCAAUAGUGGACCCGUGCGACGGAUUUUCAGGAUAAAGCUGACUCAUUUGCAACAUGGGCCAGCAGUAGAUGGCUUUGCUGUAGCAGUAACCCUGCCACUUGAGGCGAAGUGAAUAAAAUCAAAAUAAAAUAAAAUAAAAUCCGAA